AUGGCUUUGAAAGCUGCUAUCUUUUUCGCUGCCUUAAUGGCAGCCCCAUGUAUUGCUUUGCCAAAGCCCAUUACGACGCCCUCGGUACCAUCCAUUUCCGAUCUACCACUGCCAGGCUCGCUUUCAGAAAAGCUCCAACAACCAGAAAUCGAGAUUAUCAAGAUGGGUGUGAUCACGGAAACCCAAAUCCAGAGAAUCUCUUCUGAGUCUAGACAUUUUUUAAAGAGACAGGAUAACUCUUCCAACUCGGAUGCUCAAGGCCCCUUCGCCGACCUCCCACAACUACAUGGAGAUACCAAGGCCAGCGGCGAGAAGUUUUCUGUAGACGGUCCUUUCUCCUACAUCGAGGCAUUUGUGGGGGAUAAAGCUUUGAGAGGGCUCAUUCUCAAGAAUCUUGAUGGAAAGGAGACUGUAAUUGGAACGGUUGAGAACUCUAAGAGUGCAAAGCGACCCGGAUCAUUCGAAUUUGGUGAUGAGGAGAUUGUGACCGAUUGCACCAUUGACUGGAAGGAGCAUUUCUUCAGCCGUGAGAAGUAUGUCACUGGGUUUCACUUCGGAACCAACAAAGAUCACAGGUACAAUGCGACAAGUAAAAGUGGUGGUGACGAAUCGGUGGCAAAGUUUGUUGGUUCAGGAUACCCCGUCCGAUUCCACGGGAUUGUAAAAAAUCUAAACAAGGAAAAGAACGCCGCCUCUGCAAUAGUGGCCCUUGGAAUUGAAUUCCUCGACGAACUGAGGUCUAUUGACAUGGUUUCUGCCGAUUAUGCUGGGUUUGAAGGGGGUGUAUCUGCUAUUCCUGAUGAUGGGGGUAAAAGCCUCAUCAUGGGAACACAAAUUCUCGAUAAUAGAAACUCAACUAUCAACCAGACAUUCCAAUUAACCAACAGUAGGGCCGUUACAAAGAGUUUCGCUUUCACCUUCUCGGUUGCAUAUAUGGCCGGUGCUAGUAUCACCCUUGGUACUAAGCUUGCAGUUCCAUUGAUCACGGAAGCCACCGUCUCUGCUACAGUCCAGUGGUCAUUGAGUGUUACAUCCUCCACGACCCUAAGUUACUCUGAAACGAUCUCCCAAGGUACAUUUUUUGCCUUGACAUGUCCGGCACUCAAAUUCUGCCAAGGAAGGUCUGUUUUCCAAACAUAUGACAUCGAGGUCCCCUUCGACGGCCAAUUCCAGGCUACAACUCGUCGUGGCGAUAAGUUUGCCUGGAAUAGAAAAGGUGUCUACAAAUCGUCGGAUGUCUCGAAUAUGAAACUUCAGGUGAAUGUGUGGGACGCCCCUCCAGUUGGCACUGUCGGCAAGCGCUUGUAA